AUAACACUCUCUACACUCUGGAAAAAGUAAAAGUCAUCGAGAAUAACAUGCCCAGCGAGAAUAAUCAAUUCGAUGAGGAAAUUCCAUCACGAGGCGCAAGUAAUACAGCAUUCAGUGAUUAUCGGCCAGCGGUAGUUUGCAUAGUCGGCCACAAAAAUUCCGGCACAUCGACAAUUUUCGAUAACUUGACAUCAAUGUGCCCUCAAAACAUUGACUACCGUAAUAUGAUACAUUACAUUGGUGCUACAUUCGUCCCCAUCGAUGUUAUCAAAUAACGCUGCAGGAUUGUUAGAGAGUCGCGAAACACACAGUACAAAAUACCUGGCCUUCUUUUUUACCGAACCUGGCCUUACCCAUGAUACAAGACCAUGGGUUUAUGAUUUCGCGAUUGUAGUUGUUGACAUCUUACUCGGCCUGCAACUACAAACAAUAGAAUCAAUCAGAGUUUUCGAACGAAUGCAAACUCCGUUCAUUGUCGUUUUAAAUAAAUUAGAUAAGUUAAGCAACUGGCAAAUAACAUCCGAAAAAGAUGUUCAAGAUGCAUUGGAAAAUCAAACAGAAGCAACGAGGAUGGAAUUUGUCAAAUUAGUACGAACAUUGGUUCGUAAUUUUCGUAUAGUAGAACGAGAUGCUUGCUUGCAUUACAAUGCCUUGUCUCCGGAUUCGUGUAUAAAUCUUGUACCAACUUCAGCCAAAACUAGUGAAGGCAUGGAAAAUCUGCUGCAUUUGCUUCUAAAAUCUUGCCAAAGGUCCAGUGUGGCACAGCGACUGAGAAACCGCGAAGCAUUGUUAACAAAUGUCUAUAGGAAAGAUUUCAUUGAUGGCGUUGGAUCAUCAGAUGACUGUGUUCCGUACAAUCCAAAGAUACAGAAGGUGAAAGACGUUCACAGUAUUAAUUGAAGAAAUCAAAAGCGUCCAUAGCGUUAAAGUAUAGCCUCGUGAGCGAGACAAUGCCAUUGAUAUUGAAGAAGUCAAAGGCAUUCAGAGUGUCAAGAUUCGGGCUCGGGAGGAUGCGUCAGCUGACUCAAAUUUUAACAUCUCAUGGGGAACCGAUUUUUACAGAAGGCUUUUUCGAAUUAAAAUGAAGUUGCCACAGAUCGAGGAAAAGGUAAUGUACGUAACAUUUUUAUCGAAAAUGCAUUAAUCAUUCAAUACACUGAAUCAAUUUUCUCGUCAGAAAAAAGAACGUCGUGAUGCUUGGUUACUCGCGAUCGAUACGUGGGUUGGAAUAAUGACUUUGAGCGUUUUCGUCAUGAUGAUUAUUGUAUUUGUCUUUGUUCAUUACCGAUAAACCAUAGUUAUUUCUGUUCGAGCCUGUAAUAAAUUUUAAAUAAAUAUUCAAAUCAUG